UCAGUCGUCAGUGGCCAUUAAAAUGGCUACCACGAACGAUUCGAAGGCGCCUGUGCGCCAAGUAAAAAGAGUGCAAUUUGGUAUAUUAUCACCAGAUGAAAUCCGACGUAUGUCAGUUACGGAGGGGGGCAUCCGCUUCCCCGAGACGAUGGAAGGUGGUCGUCCAAAGUUGGGUGGCCUUAUGGAUCCUCGACAAGGGGUGAUUGACAGGAGCUCCCGAUGUCAGACAUGUGCAGGAAAUAUGACUGAGUGUCCUGGGCAUUUUGGACACAUUGAUUUAGCUAAACCAGUCUUUCAUAUUGGUUUCAUCACAAAAACAAUAAAAAUACUGAGAUGUGUAUGCUUUUAUUGUUCGAAGUUGCUUGUCAGCCCAACAAAUCCAAAGAUAAAAGAAGUGGUUAUGAAAUCAAAAGGACAGCCACGUAAAAGACUGACUUACGUCUAUGACUUAUGUAAAGGCAAAAACAUUUGCGAAGGAGGUGAAGACAUGGACUUAGGAAAAGAGGGUGAAGAAGGUAAAAGAGGCUCCGGUCAUGGCGGUUGCGGUCACUACCAGCCUUCCAUCAGACGGCAAGGGUUAGAUCUCACAGCAGAAUGGAAACAUGCAAAUGAAGACACACAGGAAAAAAAGAUUAUAAUUACUGCAGAGCGAGUGUGGGAAAUUCUCAAACACAUAACAGAUGAAGAAUCCUUCAUACUGGGUAUGGACCCUAAAUUUGCAAGGCCCGAUUGGAUGAUCGUAACAGUGCUCCCAGUUCCACCACUGUCAGUAAGGCCUGCAGUCGUUAUGUUUGGGGCUGCUAAAAAUCAGGAUGACUUGACACACAAACUUGCUGACAUCAUCAAAUCAAACAAUGAAUUGAUGCGAAAUGAACAGUCAGGAGCAGCAGCUCAUGUCCUGGCUGAAAAUAUAAGAAUGCUACAGUUUCAUGUUGCCACUUUUGUCGACAAUGAUAUGCCUGGAAUGCCAAGGGCCAUGCAGAAGUCUGGAAAACCACUCAAAGCAAUUAAAGCCCGUCUGAAAGGAAAAGAAGGCAGAAUCAGAGGAAACCUGAUGGGAAAACGUGUAGAUUUCUCUGCACGUACUGUAAUCACGCCCGACCCGAAUUUACGUAUUGACCAAGUAGGAGUGCCCAGGUCUAUUGCACAAAAUUUGACCUUCCCAGAGUUGGUCACUCCUUUCAACAUUGACAGAAUGCAAGAACUUGUACGGCGUGGUAAUGCUCAGUACCCAGGUGCCAAAUACAUUGUUAGGGAAAAUGGAGAGAGGAUAGAUUUGAGGUUUCAUCCUAAGCCAUCAGAUUUACAUCUGCAAUAUGGCUACAAAGUGGAAAGGCAUCUGAGGGAUGAUGACCUUGUAAUCUUCAACCGUCAACCUACUCUGCACAAAAUGAGUAUGAUGGGGCACAGAGUUAAAGUGCUACCAUGGUCCACAUUCCGUAUGAAUUUGAGUUGUACUUCUCCAUACAACGCUGAUUUUGAUGGAGAUGAAAUGAAUUUACAUGUGCCACAGUCUAUGGAAACCAGAGCUGAAGUAGAAAAUAUUCAUAUAACUCCACGACAAAUUAUUACGCCACAAGCUAACAAACCCGUCAUGGGUAUUGUACAGGACACAUUGACUGCUGUAAGGAAAAUGACCAAGAGAGAUGUAUUCUUGACCAAAGAACAAGUAAUGAAUCUUCUCAUGUUUUUGCCAACAUGGGAUGGUAAAAUUCCACAGCCUUGCAUUUUGAAGCCUCAACCACUUUGGACAGGCAAACAGAUAUUUACUUUGAUCAUUCCUGGAAAUGUAAACAUGAUUAGAACCCACUCUACUCAUCCAGAUGAAGAAGAUGAUGGACCAUACAAAUGGAUUUCACCCGGAGACACAAAAGUAGUUGUGGAACAUGGAGAACUACUUAUGGGUAUUUUGUGUAAGAAAUCACUUGGUGCCUCAGCAGGGUCUCUGCUUCACAUCUGCAUGUUGGAGUUGGGUCAUGAAACUGCUGGACGAUUUUAUGGUAACAUUCAGACUGUAAUCAACAAUUGGCUUCUAUUAGAAGGCCAUUCAAUCGGAAUCGGAGACACAAUUGCUGAUCCCCAAACCUAUUUAGAAAUUCAGCGAGCUAUCAUCAAAGCUAAAGAUGAUGUCAUAGAGGUCAUUCAAAAAGCCCACAACAUGGAGUUGGAGCCCACUCCUGGUAAUACACUGAGACAGACAUUCGAAAAUCAAGUAAAUCGUAUCCUAAACGACGCUCGUGACAAAACUGGUGGUUCUGCUAAGAAAUCUCUGACAGAAUAUAAUAACCUCAAGGCUAUGGUGGUGGCAGGUUCCAAAGGAUCCAACAUUAAUAUUUCUCAGGUUAUUGCUUGUGUAGGGCAACAAAACGUUGAAGGUAAACGUAUUCCGUUUGGUUUUCGUAAGAGAACACUGCCCCACUUCAUCAAAGACGACUAUGGUCCUGAAUCUAGAGGUUUCGUAGAAAACUCGUAUCUUGCCGGCCUGACCCCAUCUGAAUUCUAUUUCCACGCUAUGGGAGGUCGUGAAGGUCUUAUCGAUACUGCCGUGAAGACUGCUGAAACAGGAUAUAUCCAGCGUCGUCUGAUAAAGGCUAUGGAGUCUGUAAUGGUCCAUUAUGACGGAACAGUCCGUAACUCUGUUGGGCAACUGAUCCAGUUGAGAUACGGCGAAGACGGUCUCGCCGGUGAAACUGUCGAGUUCCAGAAUCUUCCCACUGUUAAACUGUCUAACAAAGCUUUUGAAAAGAAAUUCAAAUUCGACCCAUCUAACGAGAGGUACUUGAAGAGAAUUUUCAAUGAGGAUAUCAUCAAAGAGCUCACAGAAUCUGGAUACGUUAUUGCAGACCUUGAAAGCGAAUGGGAACAGCUAUGCAAAGAUCGAGAAAUCUUGCGACAGAUUUUCCCUAGUGGUGAAUCUAAAGUUGUAUUGCCAUGCAACUUCAAGAGAAUGAUUUGGAAUGUGCAAAAGAUCUUCCACAUCAACAUGAGGAUGCCCACAGACUUGAGCCCCAUUAAAGUGAUCCAAGGAGUGAAAGAUCUUCUGAAGAAGUGCGUGAUCGUAGCUGGAAAUGAUCGUUUGUCGAAGCAAGCUAAUGAGAACGCGACAUUGCUUUUCCAGUGCUUGGUCCGGUCUACUCUGUGCACCAAGUUUGUGUCAGAGGAGUACAGGCUUUCAACAGAAGCUUUCGAAUGGUUGAUUGGAGAAAUCGAAACUAGAUUCCAGCAGGCGCAAGUAAACCCUGGCGAAAUGGUCGGUGCGUUGGCUGCCCAGUCUCUCGGAGAACCAGCUACCCAGAUGACACUGAACACCUUCCACUUUGCUGGUGUGUCAUCCAAAAACGUAACUCUCGGUGUGCCGCGUCUAAAGGAAAUCAUCAACAUUUCCAAGAAACCCAAGGCUCCUUCUCUAACCGUAUUCUUGACUGGAGGUGCAGCCAGAGAUGCCGAGAAAGCUAAAAACGUUCUCUGCCGACUGGAACAUACCACAUUGCGCAAAGUGACAGCAAACACUGCUAUCUACUAUGACCCUGAUCCUCAAAAUACAGUUAUUGCUGAAGAUCAGGAGUUCGUCAAUGUUUACUACGAAAUGCCGGACUUUGAUCCCACUAAAAUUUCGCCGUGGCUGUUGCGUAUUGAAUUAGACCGCAAGAGAAUGACAGACAAGAAAUUGACUAUGGAACAGAUUGCAGAAAAGAUCAAUGCAGGGUUUGGAGAUGACUUGAAUUGCAUCUUCAAUGACGAUAAUGCCGAGAAGCUGGUAUUGCGUAUAAGAAUUAUGAACAAUGAAGACAACAAAUUCCAGGACAAUGACGAAGAAACCGUAGACAAAAUGGAAGACGACAUGUUCCUCCGGUGCAUUGAAGCCAAUAUGUUGUCUGACAUGACACUCCAAGGAAUUGAGGCCAUUGCUAAAGUAUACAUGCAUCUGCCUCAGACAGAAGCUAAAAAACGAAUCGUCAUCACUGAGCAGGGUGAAUUCAAAGCCAUCGCUGAAUGGUUGUUGGAAACUGACGGUACAUCUCUGAUGAAAGUAUUGUCUGAGCGCGACGUCGAUCCCGUUAGGACUUUCAGUAACGACAUCUGUGAGAUAUUCACAGUACUGGGAAUAGAGGCUGUCCGAAAAUCAGUAGAGAAAGAAAUGAACGCUGUGCUGCAGUUCUACGGUCUUUACGUGAACUACCGUCAUCUCGCUUUGCUUUGUGACGUCAUGACUGCUAAAGGUCAUCUUAUGGCUAUCACUCGUCACGGUAUCAACAGGCAAGACACUGGUGCCUUGAUGAGAUGUUCAUUCGAAGAAACAGUCGACGUACUUUUGGACGCUGCAAGCCACGCUGAAGUCGAUCCUAUGAGAGGCGUGUCUGAGAACAUUAUUAUGGGUCAAUUGCCCCGUAUGGGAACCGGAUGCUUCGAUUUACUUCUCGACGCUGAUAAAUGUAAACACGGAAUGGAAAUGGGAGGAUUAGGCGUCGGAGUCGCGGGCGGCAUGUACUUCGGUGUCGGCACCCCGUCGAUGACGCCACUCAUGACGCCCUGGUCGACGCAGAACACUCCGGGAUACGGCAGCAGCGUGUGGUCUCCAGGACAAGUCGGCAGCAGCAUGACUCCCGGCGGGCCGUCGUUCUCGCCGUCCGGAGCGUCGGAUGCUUCAGGGCUGUCGCCGGCGUACAGCGCGUGGUCGCCGCAGCCCGGCUCGCCCGGCUCGCCCGGCCCGCCGCUGUCGCCCUACGCCUCGCCCGCCGGCGCCUCGCCCUCGUACUCGCCCACCAGCCCCGUGUACGCGCCCGCGUCGCCCAGCCUCACGCCCACGUCCCCGCACUACUCGCCCACCAGCCCCUCCUACUCGCCCACCUCGCCCAACUACUCGCCCACGUCCCCGAUAUAUUCGCCCACGUCCCCCAGCUACUCGCCCACGUCGCCCGGCUACUCGCCCACGUCGCCCUCGUACUCGCCCACGUCGCCGAGCUACUCGCCGACCUCGCCGAGCUACUCGCCCACGAGCCCGGCCUACUCGCCGACCUCUCCCAGCUACUCGCCCACUUCCCCCAGCUACUCGCCCACGAGCCCCUCGUACUCGCCGACGAGCCCGUCGUAUUCCCCCACCAGUCCGUCGUACUCGCCCGCGUCGCCGGGCUACUCGCCGUCGUCGCCCAGCUACUCGCCGACCAGCCCGGUCUACAGCCCAACCUCGCGCAGCUACUCUCCGUCGUCGCCUAACUAUACGCCCACGUCGCCCGGGUACUCGCCGACCAGUCCCUCGUAUUCGCCCACUUCGCCGACUUACUCGCCGACUUCGCACAGCUACUCGCCGUCCUCUCCGAAGUACUCGCCGACGUCGCCCAAUUACUCGCCCAAGUCGCCGUCGCUCGCCGGCACCAGCCCCAACUAUUCGACGCCGACGAGCCCGCAGUACUCGCCGACGAGCCCGGCCUACUCGCCGUCGUCGCCGCAGCACCCGGGCAGCACGCGCUACUCGCCGUCGUCGCCGAACUAUUCGCCGUCGUCCCCGAACUACUCGCCGUCGUCUCCGGGCUACUCGCCGUCGUCCACCAAGUACUCGCCCACAUCGCAGACGUACACACCGACGUCGCCCAAUUACUCGCCGUCGUCGCCGGCCUACUCGCCGUCCUCCGCUGGGCCCUCUACAUAUUCCCCCAAUUCUCCGUCGUACACUCCGACUUCACCCAAUUACGAUGAUGGCGACGAUUAAACGGCUUUUUAGUGACCUAUUUUUUCUUGAUUAUAAUAAUAAUCGAUAUUGUUACAAAUGAAGUAAUGUACUGAACGCGAUGUUUAUAAGCUUGUAAGUAGAGCAUAUCAAUAAUGUAAUCAUUAUAAAAAUCCAUUAUACAAUUUAUGUAAUCUAAGUAAACCUGUUUUGUUACCUUGUUACGGUUCAGCAUUUGUGAUGUUUCACUUCUCAUUUAUCUUUAUUUUUUAAGGUAAUUAUAAUUUAAUAUUUAGAGUAAUAAAAACAUAAAAAAAUUAAUCUUAAGUGAUUUUAUCAUUCUUACCGAUGAUAGUGCCCGUGCGAAAGACGGUUUCCAAAUUCGUAUUUUAUAAAUAUGCUCCAAGACUUCUUGAACUUGACCAAAAAUGACUUUAAAUGAAAAUAAUUACAUGUUGUUAAUAAAUGUUUAUGAAUAAACAAUACGUAUAUUUUUAAGGCUA